GAUGGAGGCUGAGAGACCCCAGGAAGAAGAGGAUGGUGAGCAGGGCCCCCCUCAGGAUGAGCAAGGCUGGCCCCCUCCAAACUCCACCACUCGGCCUUGGCGAUCUGCUCCUCCGUCCCCUCCUCCUCCAGGGACCCGCCACACAGCACUAGGACCCCGCUCGGCCUCCCUGCUCUCCCUGCAGACUGAGCUCCUUCUGGACCUGGUGGCUGAAGCCCAGUCCCGCCGCCUAGAGGAGCAGAGGGCCACCUUCUUCACCCCACAAAACCCCCCAAGCCAAGCCCCUGCCCCACUCCGUCCUCUUGAGGACAGAGAACAGCUUUACAGCACCAUCCUCAGUCACCAGUGCCAGCGGAUGGAAGCCCAGCGGUCAGAGCCUCCCCUCCCUCCAGGGGGGCAGGAGCUCCUGGAGUUGCUGCUGAGAGUUCAGGGUGGGGGUCGAAUGGAGGAGCAAAGGUCCCGGCCCCCCACACACACCUGCUGAGACUUGAGCCCCCAGCCAGCCCUUCCUCGCCCCUGGUCUGAAAGCUGGGCAGCCUAUUGCAUGCCCUCAACUCUUGCUUGGCGGGGGUAACAGAGACUGAAAGACGCAGCGCAAAUCUCAAUAUUCAUCGCCCACAUCACCUUCCUUGGGAACUGGACGGGGUGAAAGGCCUCAAACUCUGGGAACAGGCGAGGUGGAACGUGGAUUUAACUCCCCCCUGCACAGGUCCAUGGGAGCUUGAGGCAGUAAGGGGGAUCCCAGGUACCCAUCUCAAUGAGUGGCUGGGAGUCUUUUCCCUAACUUGUGGGGACACCACCAAUUGUCGAGCUACUAGGCACUAGGGUCUGAGGGCUCAGGCCUCCUCCUGAGAGGUUAUAACCUGAGAGACAGCUCUACCCUUCCUCCCAGUAAGAAGGGAAGGUGGGUGGGCACCUGAGAGAUUAAGACUAUUCUCCCAGUCCCACUACCAGCACCCCCCAUCCCUGAGACUGAGGGGUUUAGAGGCUGUGAAUGGACCUUCAGCCCUGCCCACCCUCCCUCCCCACUGCUGCUGAGUCUGUCCAAUGUUUUGGUUGUGUGAAUAAAUGUAAUACCCCUCUGGA